AUGUACUGCUCAGGCGGUUUGUGCACAUGUCUCAGCACAUACAUAAUGCGGGAAUACUACUGCUAUGAAAAAGUGAACCCGAAUCAGCCAGGGUGCACGUAUGAUGUACAGUGCGAAGCGGUGUGGCCUGGCGCGAAGUGCAGGAUGGAUAGCAGUGUCGGGACUUGCCGCUGUCCAGAAGAAACGCAUGUCGCUCGGGAAACCCGUGAUGGCUGGGUGUGUGUGUCUCUGAAGGACAGCAGCACUGGAGCAACUGUGCCGCUCUACUUCGUGUGUCCUUUACCAGAAGGAGCAGGUUUCAAGAUAGCGCUCAACGACCCGAAUCCUGUGCUUGGAUCUCUGCCUGUUGGCUGCACUGUCGGCUCUUCAGCAACUGUGGAGCCUGUGGUUGGUCUUCAUGGAGGAGGGUCCUGUAUAUGGCCGUCUGAGGGCGAGUACGUCGGCGACAUCUACGACUGCAUCCAUACAAGCCCUCACGUGAAUCUGGCGACGAAGUUCCCGUUGUCGUCGUACGCGCCGUCAGCGGAUGGUGUCUGCUGUCCUAGUCGAGCUCUUGCUUGCAUCCAACCUCAAAUGACCGGUCCCAAUCCUACGGAACCUCGAUGGUGGUACAACUCAGUCACAGGUUCUACUAUGACACGAGCACGGGACGAUGCCAAGACUUCGUUUAUCGAGGAGCGGGCGGCAAUUUCAACAAUUUCCUAUCCAGACACGAGUGCGAACUGUACUGUUCCAGAUUGCAGUGCGAACGAGGAAGCCCGCUUAGAAUUGGGGAGGAAGCGCAGCGCUGCCAGCACAACGGUCAAUGUCCCUCAUCGCAUGAGUGCCGAGUUGACCAAGGGGUUUGCUGUCCGAGAAAACGUGAGAUUCUUUUUGUUUGCUCUCCCAGCUGACGUAAAAAACACCUCUACAGAAACAAUUUGCGCUCAACCUCUGAGAGUCGGAGAUUGCACUGAAAACGUGAAGAGGUACUGGUAUAACUCAAAAGCGAGACAAUGUCAGAUGUUUGAGUACACAGGAUGCCAAGGCAAUGAUAACAACUUCGAAACAGUUCUCGAUUGCCAAAGCUUCUGCAAAAACGCUAUUCCCGAACCAAAAUGCAUCCAAGGCCAAGCGUACAGGAAUCAGUUCGGCGAUUUCGUGACCUGCAACAGCGGUGUCGGUUGUCCCUCAAACUAUGAGUGUUACUACGACGGAAACCAAUGGGGAUGCUGCCCGACGAAAGCUUUUACAUGUUACUCAAACGCUGACUCAGGAAUGCAGUGUGGUUCUGGAUCAACGUUUAGAUUCUAUUAUAACGUGCAAACGCAGAACUGCGAAAGUUUCCAGUACAACGGCUGUGACGGAAAUUCAAACAAUUUCGCAAACAGGGAUCAGUGCGAGCAGUACUGUGGUGUAGGAGGAUGCCCCUAUGGUGGAUCUCCACUUCGAGACCAUUCGGGGAUGAUUGCGAUUUGCACAACUAAAGAUAGCUGUCCGAGCUCACAUGAGUGCAGCCCAGUGCUAGUAGGAGCGAGCUCAGUCACUCGAUGCUGUCCCAAGAGAGAGCACAUGUGUGGGCUGCCGCCUCAGCAGGGCACCCAGUGCGGUGCCAACUUCGUCACAAGAUUUUACUUCAACAUUGUCACUGGUCAGUGCACGUCGUUCCUGUUUGGAGGCUGCGACGGCAACUACAACAAUUUUCUCACUAUUCAACAGUGUCGAAACUUUUGCUACAGCAGCUCUUGCCCCGCCGGUAAUGCAGCGUAUGUGGACCCGAAUUCUCAGGUUCCAAUUCAGUGCAAUGAAGCUCUUAGCAAUAGCUGUCCCAGCGGUUAUUCUUGUACAUUUAACGCUCUGAUUAACGGCCAUGUGUGCUGCGGAGCAUCGGAUAACGGCGUCUGUCCCGAGAACGAAAAAGCGUUCAUCAGCACAACGGAUAUGUCUCCGAGAGAGUGCAUCGUUAAUAUGGAUGCGUCUUGCCCGGCAAACUAUUUGUGCCGCUUUAGUAUGCAAAGGAACAAGUACUUCUGCUGUACAAGUGUUUCUGGAAGAACGUGUCCUGUCGGGAAAUUCCUGCACAAAGACUCGCAGACAUCGCUGCCCACUCGCUGCACCAUGGGGAGGGCAGAGCAGUGUCCAGAUGGGUAUUCGUGUCAGAGCUACCUCGCAAAUGCUGCCCAAGGAUUUUGCUGCACAAGCAGCUCAGUUUGUCCGGAUGAAGCCGAAUUUGUUGUCGACGAACAUUCACAACUUCCCAGGGCUUGCACAAUGGGCUCUUUCGUUGGAUGUCCCAAUGGCUUCACAUGCAGAUCUCUGACUUCGGCGGUAGAGGGAUUCUGUUGCAGGUCUGGAUCUUCAGCUCCGCCUCCCCUUACAGAUGGCUGUCCUCCUGGCAAUUAUGUCUUCAUGAAGGAUGGCCUAGUGGUUGCAUGUGAUCCGUUCAACCCUCCAAACGCUCCUUGUCCGGAUGGAUUUACGUGUCAAUGGUCUAUUGCCAACCAGAAAUAUCAGUGUUGCGGGUCCAAUCCUGCUCCUCCCUCUGUAAGAGCCAGCGAUGGAUGUCCAAAUGCACAAUUAGCUUUUAAGGACAAAGGCACAGUCCGAGUUUGCACAGCUGGCUCUUCGACGUGUCCUCCCGGAUAUUUCUGCCAAUUCUCCAGCCUAAAUCGUCAAUUCCAAUGCUGUGGCGUUAGUGGAGGAUGUCCUGGCAACUCAGUAGCGUUUGUCGGAUUAUCCGGGGAGCCUGAGAAGUGUGUGGUGGGCCAGUCGAAAUGUCCUGUUGGUUUUAUGUGCCAACGAUCCAUAGCAGGAGAAAACUUUUGUUGCACCGUGAAGCAUGAGAUCUGCUCUAAUGAGGAGGUGACAGUGGACGGAAUUUGUCUCAGAAGAGUUAAGCCAGGUGGCGCGUGUUUGAAGUCGGAGCAAUGCAGUGGCGGAGCAACGUGCCACCGCGGAGUGUGCGAAUGUCCUGCAUCUACCAGCUCUAUUGGUGGAUUCUGUCAACAAGAGAUAAAAUGCAGUUCAGAACAAGUGCAGCAUGGUGGACUCUGCUACAACAAAGUAGAACUCUCCAAACCAUGCAGCAUCUCGCAGCAAUGUCCCAGUCUUUCUUCGUGUGUACAAGGUGUCUGUGAAUGCAAUGCAUCAUUCGUGAGCCUACACGGAAAGUGCGUCACGACAAGUGCGCAAUUAAAAGUAGUGCGCGGCAGCGGUGGCUCAUCAAAGUGUGCGGACGCAAAAUCGAAACCUCUUUUGUCUGAAGAAACAGGAAGAGCGGUAUUCUGUAGCCCGAAGACGAAGCAGUGUCCCUAUGGAUAUAGCUGUCAGAUCAAUAGUAGGAAAACGCAAUACAUAUGCUGCUCGGAUAGCUCCCAACACACUCAGCAAGUGUGUCCGUCCGGACGAGUGCCGUACUUGCUCAAUGGUCGUCCACAACGAUGUACGACGCAGCGGUGUCCCAGAGGCUAUGAAUGCACGUACAAGGACCACAGCUACAUCUGCUGUUCAUCGGUUGGGAACGAUUCCAAGCGUUUGACGACGCGUCCGCCUCCAACAAACGAUUAUUGCCCUCACGGCAGUCCUCUGAUCUACCCAUCAACCCGCAUGCCAGUGGUAUGCACUCCGGAGAAGAGAGCAUGUCCAGCUGGGUAUGCUUGCAAGAAGAGUCCGACGUCUGAGCAAUACAUCUGCUGUUCGUCGCGUUUUCGGAUGAGUGCUUUUCCAGCUUCUUCCUCACACAAACAUCAACGGCCAGAGCGACAAACCGGCAGCGGACGAGUGGGCGAUGCUUGCGUUUUCAACACAGACUGCCUUACGGGCAUGUUCUGUAAUUCUGGUCAAUGUGCUUGCCUGAGCUCCUACAUUGCUGCAGAAUCAUAUUGUUAUCAAAAAAUUGAUCCUGGUCAGCCGGGUUGCACCUACGAUGAGCAGUGCUCUUCAGUAUGGCCUGACGCAUUUUGCGAUAAUUCGGCUGGAGUUGGUACAUGCCGCUGCGGCGAAAAUAAGGUUGAACGCGCAACCCGCGAUGGUCACGUGUGUCUCGACAUGCUCGAUGCGAAUCAGAACGUGCUGGCCAUCACCUGUCCUCUUCCGGAGGGAGCCGGGUACACAUCUGCUCUAUCUGACUCGAAACAUCCACGUCAAGCCAAUAAUCCCGGUCCAGUGCUCUGCAACACUGAAAGUUUACUUACACAUCAAUCGGGGGAAGAAGCGGGCGACGGUUCUGCUGGCUGCCUCUUCCCCUCAGAUGGCGCGUAUGUGGCCGAUCUUUACGAUUGCGUCGGCUUCGUAUCCUCGGUCGACUUGACCUCAUCGGGAUACAGUGACAAAGCCAACGGCAUCUGCUGUCCCAACAGAGCUUUCACUUGCAUUCAACCCACUGCCACUGGUCCAAAUCCCACAGAUCCACGAUGGUGGUACAAUGCAAUAACAGGUAUGUGUCAACAGUUCCUAUGGGACCCUACUGCAGUUGGACCGGGCGAGCACUCUCCAAACAACUUCAAAACGAUAGAGCACUGUGAAAGUUUUUGUAGAGAUGCCUGUGUCCGAGGAGCUCCCGAGUACGAGUCGCGUUCCUCGUUUUUGGAGGAAACACCGCUCACCGGUUGCUCACAAUCGACAUCAUGCUCAAACAACUUCGAAUGCAAAACUGUCGGCAGCUCACAAUGGUGCUGCCCGAGCGUGGCAUCUGUAUGCGGUCCAGUCGGCGGUCGUCCACAGGAUACAUCUAUUCACAUCCGCGGGAGUGUGUAUCACGUAGGUGUCGAGAAGCAGGGAACUGCUCCGUCGACGAGGUUCUUCUACGACCCGAAUUCGGGCAAAUGUUCUCCAUUUACUUAUCUCGGCGCUGCUGGAAACUAUAACAACUUCGUAUCCAGGAUCGAUUGUGAGCUGUACUGUGCAAGAUGUGAGUUCUCCUCAUUGCGUCUUAUUUACGUGACAGGAGAAGUGUUGUACAUUCAGUGCAGUGCGACCGUGGGAACCCUCUCCGCAUCGGCGACAUCACCCAGGCAUGUCAAAGCAACAACGAUUGCCCCUCUUCGCAUGAGUGCAGAGUGGACCAAGCCGUCUGCUGCCCCAGAAUGCGUAAAUCAAGACGAUGAUAGAAUACUGCAAAGAGUGCCCUAUUCUCCAAGAAGAAGUAGCGUUACAGAAACGAUCUGCUCUCAACCUCUGCGUGUUGGCAACUGUGAUCGGUCAGUGAGAAGAUAUUGGUAUUCGGCGGCUACACGCGAAUGCCAAUCGUUCGAAUACACAGGCUGUCAAGGAAAUGACAACAAUUUCGAAACGCUGGUGGAUUGCCAAACCUUCUGUAGAAACGCUGCACCAGAACCUCGGUGUCUUCAAGGCCAAGCGUACAAGGAUAACACGGGAAAAUUCGUGACGUGCUCAACCAACAGGGCUGCUACUUCAUGCCCAGUCAAUUACGAAUGCCAUUACGAUGGCAACAUAUUUGGAUGUUGUCCGAGCAAAGCUUUCACCUGCUCUUUGGCUCCUAACCAAGGGAAAACAUGCGGACCAGGGGUUUCGUUCAAGUUUUUCUACAAUUCCCAAUCACAGGAGUGUGAGUCGUUCGAAUACUUGGGAUGUGAUGGGAACUCGAACACGUUCGCUUCCAGACAAGAAUGUGAGUCCUACUGUGGAGUUGGAGGCUGCACCAAUGGAGGAGUGCCUCUAAGAGACAGCUCGGGGGCUCUUCAGACCUGCUCGGAGAAAUCAGGAGGUUGUCCAUCGACACAUGAGUGCCACGCCGUCAGCCUAAGUCCUGGCACGGUUGCCCAUCGUUGUUGUCCUUCUAAAACCUAUAUCUGCGGACUCCCUCCACAGCAAGGUUCUUCGCUCUGCUCAGGCGGUUCAUCGGUUAUCACGAGAUAUUACUUCAAUAUUGUAACCAAGAAAUGUUCACCGUUUACGUUCAAUGGGUGUGACGGAAACCCGAACAACUUUCCCUCCCUAACUCAGUGCAAUAACUUCUGCCUGGCAUCGGCAUGUAGUGCUGGAGAUGUCGUGUACGUGAAUCCAAACACUCAAACGCCGAUUUCAUGCAACGAUGAAAUUCGAAAUAACUGCCCGAAGAACUUCCAGUGUGUGUUCGAUAGCCUCACUGACAUGAGCGUUUGUUGUGGAGCGACCGACAUGGGGGUGUGUCCCGAAGGGGAAAAGGCCUACAUAAGCGCAGCCGACAUGUCGGUUCGUGAGUGUCUAAUCAACGAGCCCAAUUCCUGCCCUACCAAUUACCUCUGCCGUUUCAAUGCGUCGAAGAAUCGUUACUUCUGCUGUGGAUCAACUAAGAGAAGUUACUGUCCCACUGGUCGAGCUCCGUAUAAAGACCAGAUGAGUGCUCAAGCCAUGCGGUGCACUAUGAGCGCCGUUGCGUCCACUUGCCCGGAUGGGUUCGAGUGUCAAAGUGAUGUGAAAGACGCCCUGCAAGGAUAUUGCUGUUCGGUGUCAGAUAUCUGUCCGAACAAAGAGGAGUACUAUGUGGAUGAGUCAUCUGAAAUGCCAAGGUCAUGCUCAAUAGGACAUUUUGUUACCUGCCCUGCAGGUUUCACUUGUAUGACACAAUCUGACGGGAUAUCUGGAUACUGCUGCAGAGGAAAACCGCAUCUUACGCCAUCUGAUGGCUGCCCUCCGGGAGAAAUCGUUUAUAUGGACAAAAACGAGGUGGUCGUAUGCGACCCCUUUAACCUGUCAAACCAAGGGUGUCCGAGCAGUUUCACAUGUCAGUGGUCUGUUAGAACCCAACGGUAUCAAUGCUGUGGAGCGAAUCCAAUUCCUCCUUCGCUGGAAAGUGAUGGCUGCCCCUCACGACAGAUCGCCUUCAUCGAUGUCGCAACCGGAAAGCCACAGAUCUGUACAUCAGCAAGUAUGUCGUGUCCGAUCGGAUACUUCUGUCAGUUCAGUCAGCAACACAAGCAGUUUCAAUGCUGCGGCAUCCCCAGCGACUGUCCUGCACCCAUGGUUGCUUUCAUUGGGAUUUCUGGCGAACAUCAACGAUGCUCAAUGAGCGGAGGACAAAUUUGUCCCGAAGGUUUCAGUUGUGUGAAAGGGAAGAGAAAUGAGGAUAUCUGCUGUGCUGGAAGUGAAGCAUGUGAAUCGACGCAAGUGUCGGUGAACGGACGUUGCUUGCCUAUUCAGCACAUUGGAAGCAAAUGUGAACACAAAUCACAAUGCUUGGGAGAUUCAACGUGCACUGCAGGGGUUUGUCGAUGUCCAACAGGAACAAUGGAGCAAAACCAGAGAUGCGUGGAGGCACCGAAAGAGUGCGCGAUCAACCAAGUUGAGUUCAUUGGUGAAUGUCUACCUAUCGUCUCGUUGGGUAGAGCUUGCGUACAGUCGAUUCAGUGCAGAGGUGGAGGGUAUUGCGUAGAAGGGGUUUGCGACUGCCCUUCUGGUACGGUCAGGAAGCUUGAGCGUUGUGAAAAGAAAGUGCUUCCCGUCAGUUCAACAUCACGUACGACCUCAUCGCAUCCAACAGUUGAUGGUUCUACCGAUGUUAAGGAGGAGAAUGCAGGGGAAGUUUGUAAAGCUGGCAAACCUCUUCUAUAUCCUAAGACUGGACAGCCUGUAACAUGUUCUCGCAUAAGGGAAUGUCCAGCCGGCUAUUCAUGCAAGCGCAACCUAGCCACCCAGUUAUUCCACUGUUGUACAACUCCAAAACCAUUACCAAUGGAUCACUACAUAAAUCAGAUUGGUGCUCUUGCGAAGAAGAUAAAUGCUCAAAAAAGAAUCAAUUUCCUCGCGCCACCUCAGAAAACAAGCAAAAGAUCUCCGUGCCCUACGAACCUGGUUCUAUUCGAGGUUCAAGUCGAAAGCAAACUGAUUCGCCGUUGCCAAGCAUCAUGUCCCUCAGCGAUGAGUGUCAUCAACGGUGUAUGUCGCUCUCGGCUCCGAGAAAACCCACUCCGGCAACCCAACACUGCCUCUGCUGAAGACACAACCACGUGA